GGACAAUUGACAGCAAGGCGGAUCUUGAUGCGGCCAGGCUUUGACUUUGAGCGGCGCAUGCUCGACAUGGACUGGCAUCUCGUGGAAGCGUUCAACAUGAACGACAUCGACACAUCAUUGCUUCAGGAAAUGGUGCCGACCUUGACGUAUGCGCUGGUGACAGAGACCGCGUGCACAUCGCCGCGAUUGUCGUGCAAGCUCAUUCGCAUCUUGCAAUUGGUGGUGGAAACGUUCAUCGAGUGUCGAAAGGGCGACGCGUACGAUGCCCAUGUCCUCCAAGAGGACUUGAUUGCCGUGUCCAACGAACGAGAUUCGUUUCGACUGCGCCUCAAGGAAGCCAAGACGGACGUGAAGGCACUCAAGGCCCAGCUCGCGCGAUGCACGACGCUGCUCAAAAGCUGCAGCCAGGUGCUACAUGCCCAAGGAUGUUCUCCGCACACGAUCGCUGCGGUAGAAAGUAUGCUCGCAACCUCCGACUCGAUGAUGUCCACCUUCACCCCCACCACCGACGCCACCAUGCCCAAAGUGGCGCAUCUGUGCGCAUUUUGCGGCAAAGCUUUUGGCACCCAGGACUACCUUCUCAAGCACAUUGAUCGACGGCAUGCUUCCUCUUCCGCGGGAGUAGUUGGCAAGGGAACUAUCCAAGGCGGCGGUUCCGGCAACAAUCAAACCCCAAACAUCGAUAUAUUAACAAAACUCGAACUCCUUCUCGCCCAGCAUGAAGUCCACAUGAAGAAAGCGACCGCCGACAGCGCCGACACGUUGCAAGCGCUUCAAAAUGAGUUGGCUAUCGAACGAGCUGUGGCGAACGAGCUCAAGUUGGCACGGUCCGACUUGCAAUGGCGAGUCGACGAAACCCAACGACAAUUGACCAUAUGUCGCGCUGAAAAGGAUGACGCCGGGAAACAAGUGAAAACCAUGCAAGACCAAGUAUCGCAGCUGCAACUGCAGUGCCACCAGUUGGCACUCACAAUACCCACAACGACCUCUACCAACCCUAGAGAUUCCACCACGCAGGGGGCCAUUCAACGGCUAGAAGGGGCGCUGGAGCAUGCCAAGGAGGCUUUGGCGACUGCCAGACACGACAUGAAAGCUCAGCAUGACAAGUAUACUGAACUGCUCGUUGCUCACGAACGAAUAAAGAACGGACGCAUCGCGGCGAACAACUUGCACACGAACAUCGUCUACAACGACGCCAGCACGCAAACCAAAGCCGAGGACCUGCCGCCGCCCCCCCUUACCCACAGUAUGGCAUGCCAAGCUGAACUCAUCAUAGCCGCCUUGGAACAGAGUCCGAAGGUGGCCGAUAUCGUACAGUGCACCACGUCACAGAAACCUGUUCUCGUUGAUGCAAGUACACAGUUCGACCCUGCGACAGAGUUGCCACCACCCGACGACGACGACGUGGUGGAAGUGACUGAAGUUGUUCAAACGACUGGAGAUGUGGUGAUGACAAAGGAGGCUCCAUCCCCCAACCCAGUACCCAUAUGCAUUGAAAAUCCAAUGGACAACAGCACUCAACCUGCGACCUCACAGACUGGCGUUGCUGGGCCAGUUGCAGCAACGACGGUAGCAACUCCGAUCGCUCAUGACCAACGUGCGAUGGACGACGAGUCAGCUACAGUGAUUCUGCCGCCGGAAUUGACCGCGGCGUACAUUCAAGAUAUCAUGGACAUGAUAGAACUCCGCGCGAACAAGGCUUGUAUUCAACAACCCCCCACGACUACAGCAGCUAGCUCGCGCCAUCCACUUCCCCGCCGCCCGUUCUUGUCCAGCGGUUGGCCCCAUACCGAUCCAUCCGUCAACAGCAGCAUCAUGUCGCAUCUGAAGCAACUGACGGACACCGCCGCUCGAUUCGGCAUUCCCACUCACCUCACGUACCUGACCCAAAGUCAGCACGACGCAGCGCUAUCAGCAUACAAACGCCACUUGCAUGGGCUGCCUGUGGCGUUGCUGGAGCGAAUAGUAGCGAUCGACUUGCAAGUCCACGCGACGGUCGAGACCGAGUGGAUGCCGUCGGAAAAGCACCGAAAUGCCAUGUUAAGUACCCUCCAAGCUCGUAUGGAUCGACGCGAAGGACUUCAAAAGGAGUGGAUGGCCCGUGUCCUGGAGCGGAAACGAGCUACUAUAGCAACACCUGACGAACAAGCGAUUAUGGGGCCCAGAUAUGGUAGCCUCGUCUGCAUCGAUGUACCACCGCCCGUCGCCAAGGAGCUACAACCUGCAGAGGAUACGAUGGCGAGCACUCUCGACAUCAACCAGAUUGUGCCAGAUCAUGCGCAGCCUGGCUACAAGAUGGAUGCAAGUCUAGGCAAAGCGGAAGGCGCCAACGAUGAUGAGGAUGUUGAUGCUGCUACCGCCGCCCCUGAGGACCCGACAACCACGAGCCGCAGCAGGGUUGUGGUUGCUCCGACUUCUUUCUUGGACUCGAGCUCGAAAUGGAGCCAAAAUAACACUUCGACUCCCCGCAACCCACGACAAGAUGGCAACGACGUACCAAUGAUGAAAUGUCACACUUUGGAGGUGUCCACAGCGCCCAUACAAGUUUCGUCCAGUGGUAGUAUGCCAUAUGGGGAAUUGGACAAGCGAUUACAGAACGCCAGGAUGGAGGAAGAGAUGGGAGAAGCGAAGGAGGGCGAUGGCAUCAUCGAAAGAGUCCGCCAUGAAUCAACGACGAAUGAACCAACGACGACGACGAAAAACGUCCAAGUAAAGCAGCAGCACCUUGAGUUGGGUUCGAAUAGCGGGACCGAUACAGCCAUAGCUCAUGAAAUGUCAGACGAAGGGGGGAUCGAAGCCAUCACACAACUUGGUGGUGAAGGCGAGAUGCAAGGAGGGGAUGCCACGUCAUCAGAGUCGAUCAACUGUACCGACGACGUGCUGCCACGUGUGCUCGAAGUGUCCACGAAUACAAGCGCAGUAAAAGAGACGACGGUCACCCCUCCCACCGCUGUGCAGUCGUCGAUCGAAGUGGAUGUUGACCAACCUCCAUUCAACAUAUCAGUCCGAUCAUCGGAACAACCGAACGCACUCGAUCCGUCUACUUUGGACACGCCACACAGACCUGUCGAUGAUGUCGACAAGCCACCAAACGACGCCGCUGGGUCUGACGACAUUGCAGCCUUUGAUGACGAAAGUCACGUGUCGUUGAGUGCUGGCGAGGAGGGUACACAUGAUGGCAAGACAAGUCCCCUUCGAAGUUGCCCAGGAACAGCAAGUGUUGUUGGGCGGGCAUCAAAGAAGAUGCCUGCGAUGAUGAUGUCGCCGACGUUCUCGUCUGCGAUGACGUUUCAUGCGACGACGUCAUCGUCCCGUUGUCGAGAUCGGUACGAAGACGAGGCGGACGGCGGCGGUGGGUCCCACGACGAGUUUGGAUGCAACGACGACGCGAGUCCAGGUCAAAGCGUCAGGACAUUCCCCUCCUCCGCGUCGUCGUCGUCGCCAGCUGCCGCCACCGUAGCCAUUCGGCCAAAUUCCACGGCGUACUCGAUUGCCAAGCGAGACUUUGAUGACGAUGACUUGGACGAAGAGUUUAUCACGUGAUUUAUAGAUAUAGGUAGCUACCGGUAGAUAGUUUGGACAGCAGUAUUAUGACUUGGCUUGUAAUACCUGGCAAUCACUAUUUGCAUUAUUCGGAGGUUGAUUUGAUGUGGCGAUCUCCCCGAGCAGGCGUCGCAGGCACGCCAACAGCCCCACGUUCAUCUUGGCAGAUACGUUGACCUGGUCUAUCUUUUGUGUCUCGAGCCAUUGCAGAUGUAUUGAGGCAGUCUCGUCGAUGGUGUCGUCCGACUU